GCUGUGGAGUGCGGAAGACAGAAGGCAACGCACAAAGCGAGAGAGCGAGAGAGAGAGAGAGAGAGAGAGAGAGGGGGAAAGGGAAAGAGAGUGAAAGGCGGAGUCGGAAAGUUGCAAUUUAAACAGACAAUUGGAUUGACUGUUCUCAGACUUGCAUUGCAACCAUGGGGCUGGGAAGAGGGAAGGAUGAGUACAAACUGGCGGCAACCUCAGAUGGCGAAAAGAAGAAAGGCAAGAAAGGGAAGAAAGGGAAGAAAGGCAAAGUGGCCAAGAAGGAUAUGGAGGAGUUGAAAAAAGAAGUUGAUCUGGAUGAUCACAAGUUAACUUUUGACGAACUGAACAGGAAGUACGGAAGCGACCUAACCAGGGGUUUGUCAGCAAUGAGGGCCAAAGAGAUUCUGGCCCGAGAUGGUCCAAAUGCCCUCACACCUCCACCCACCACACCUGAAUGGGUCAAGUUCUGCAAACAGUUGUUUGGUGGAUUCUCCAUGCUGCUGUGGAUUGGGGCUAUCCUCUGCUUCCUGGCUUACAGCAUCCAGGCUGCAUCAGAAGAUGAACCAGCCAAUGAUAACCUGUACCUGGGUGUUGUGCUGUCUGCUGUCGUCAUCAUCACUGGUUGUUUCUCUUACUACCAAGAGGCCAAGAGCUCCAAGAUCAUGGACUCUUUCAAGAAUCUGGUCCCUCAGCAAGCCCUUGUGGUUCGCGAUGGUGAGAAGAAAAGCAUCAAUGCUGAGGAGGUGGUAGUUGGUGAUUUGGUGGAGGUGAAAGGAGGAGACAGGAUCCCUGCUGAUCUACGAAUUAUUUCUGCUCACGGCUGCAAGGUGGAUAAUUCUUCUCUGACUGGUGAGUCUGAGCCUCAGACUCGUACACCAGACUUCUCCAAUGAGAACCCACUGGAGACCAGGAACAUUGCUUUCUUUUCUACCAACUGUGUUGAAGGAACUGCUCGUGGUAUUGUGAUCAACACUGGAGACCGUACAGUCAUGGGUCGUAUCGCCACACUUGCUUCUGGACUCGAGGUCGGUCGCACCCCCAUCUCCAUUGAGAUUGAGCACUUCAUCCACAUCAUCACUGGUGUGGCCGUCUUCCUGGGCGUGUCAUUCUUCAUCCUGUCUCUCAUCCUUGGUUACACUUGGCUGGAGGCUGUUAUCUUCCUCAUUGGAAUUAUUGUUGCCAAUGUGCCAGAAGGUCUCCUGGCUACUGUCACAGUGUGUCUGACUCUGACUGCUAAGCGUAUGGCCAAGAAGAACUGCCUAGUGAAGAACCUGGAGGCCGUAGAAACUCUGGGUUCCACUUCAACCAUCUGCUCAGACAAAACGGGUACCCUGACCCAGAACAGAAUGACUGUGGCCCAUAUGUGGUUUGACAACCAGAUCCACGAGGCAGACACCACCGAAAACCAGAGUGGGACCUCCUUCGACAGGAGCUCUGCCACCUGGGCUGCUCUGGCCAGAAUCGCUGGCCUCUGUAACCGAGCCGUCUUCCUGGCAGAGCAGAGUAACGUUCCCAUCCUGAAGAGAGAUGUGGCUGGUGAUGCCUCUGAGUCUGCUCUGCUGAAAUGUAUUGAACUGUGCUGUGGAUCAGUUCAGGAAAUGAGAGAGAACCCCAAGAUUGCAGAGAUUCCAUUUAACUCUACCAACAAGUACCAGCUUUCUAUUCACAAAAAUUCAUCAACUGAAGGAGAGUCCAAGCACCUGCUGGUAAUGAAAGGUGCUCCCGAAAGGAUUCUGGAUCGCUGCUCCACCAUUAUGAUGCAGGGCAAAGAACAGCCACUCGAUGAUGAGAUGAAAGAUGCCUUCCAGAACGCCUACUUGGAACUAGGGGGACUGGGAGAGAGAGUGCUGGGUUUCUGUCAUUUUAGCCUACCCGACGACCAGUUUCCAGAGGACUUUGCCUUUGAUACGGAUGAGGUGAACUUCCCUACUGAGAACCUGUGCUUUAUUGGACUCAUGUCUAUGAUCGACCCUCCUCGUGCUGCCGUACCUGAUGCUGUGGGCAAAUGCAGGAGUGCUGGAAUCAAGGUAAUCAUGGUAACUGGUGAUCAUCCAAUCACAGCCAAGGCCAUUGCUAAAGGUGUUGGCAUCAUCUCAGAAGGGAAUGAGACUGUUGAGGACAUCGCUGCACGUCUGAACAUCCCAAUCAAUGAAGUCAACCCAAGAGAUGCCAAGGCGUGUGUAGUCCAUGGUGGAGACCUGAAGGAUCUGUCCGCAGAGCAGCUGGAUGAUAUCUUGAAGCACCACACUGAGAUAGUUUUUGCUAGAACGUCUCCACAGCAGAAGCUGAUCAUUGUGGAGGGCUGCCAGAGACAGGGAGCCAUUGUGGCUGUGACGGGUGAUGGUGUGAAUGAUUCUCCCGCUCUGAAGAAGGCAGACAUUGGUGUUGCCAUGGGGAUUGCUGGGUCUGAUGUCUCCAAGCAAGCUGCUGACAUGAUCCUGCUGGACGACAACUUUGCUUCCAUUGUUACCGGGGUGGAAGAAGGUCGUCUCAUCUUUGACAACUUGAAGAAGUCAAUUGCUUACACCUUAACCAGCAACAUCCCUGAGAUCACUCCCUUCUUGCUCUUCAUCAUCGUCAGCAUUCCUCUGCCCCUUGGAACCGUCACCAUCCUCUGUAUCGACCUGGGAACGGACAUGGUUCCUGCAAUCUCUCUGGCUUAUGAAGCAGCUGAGAGCGACAUCAUGAAGAGACAACCUCGGAACCCCAAAACUGAUAAACUGGUCAACGAGAGACUCAUCAGCAUAGCCUAUGGACAGAUUGGUAUGAUCCAGGCACUGGCGGGCUUCUUUACUUACUUUGUGAUCCUGGCUGAGAAUGGCUUUCUGCCCUACACCCUGGUGGGCAUCAGAGUGUCCUGGGACAAUAAAUACGUCAAUGACCUGGAGGACAGUUAUGGGCAGCAGUGGACUUACGAGCAAAGAAAGAUUGUGGAGUUUACGUGCCACACAGCCUUCUUUGUCAGCAUAGUCAUCGUCCAGUGGGCUGAUCUGAUCAUCUGUAAGACCAGGAGGAACUCUGUCUUCCAGCAGGGCAUGAAGAACAAGAUCCUGAUCUUCGGAUUGUUUGAGGAGACCGCUCUGGCUGCCUUCCUCUCCUACUGCCCCGGCAUGGAUGUUGCCCUCAGAAUGUACCCUCUCAAACCCAACUGGUGGUUCUGCGCCUUCCCUUACUCCCUUCUCAUUUUUAUCUAUGAUGAAAUCCGUAAGCUGAUCCUCAGACGCAGCCCAGGAGGUUGGGUGGAACGGGAGACCUACUAUUAAGACAUGUCAGUCCAAUCAGCCUUGCAUCUUCUCCUCACCUCCUGUCUUUGCAUGAAUAUUGUCUUGCUGCUUGGAAUAAAAUUUUAAUCUCUGUGAAAAAAUUGGAGCGUGUUUUUAUAUUAGGGAAUGCUUGAUACUACUAUUAGACAUACUGAGAUGGAACGUGCAGAUGAUAAUGCUAAUAAUGACAUGAACACUGAACAUUGACAUGACUAUGCGUGCCUUGUUUCUGAAACAGGACCAAUUUUAUACGUGUUUUUAACAGUAAACAUUCAAUAAAAAUGCGCUUGAGUCAGGUCCCACA